AUGUCUGCUUCAAACACUGGUGUCUGGCUGCUCGAAGCGGGUGGCCAAUUCGUCGUUCAGGAGGCUCCGAUGUAUACUCCUGGUCCUAAUGAGAUUCUUGUGAAGAACAAGGCUGUUGCUGUUAAUCCAAUGGACUGGAAGAUCCAGCUCUAUGGUCCCCAUCUGCCAUUCCCAAGCAAAUACCCAUUUAUCCUAGGUGCCGAUCUUGCCGGUGAAGUGUACGAAGUAGGCAAAGAUGUUACAAAAUUCAAGAAAGGCGAUCGCAUAGCCGGAAACGCAAAUUGGUUUCUCUCCCAUGACAUCCGAGAUAGUGCCUACCAGAACUACACAAUAAUCAAUGCCGCCGUCGCCGUCCACCUCCCGGCAAAUAUCCCCUUCACAGAAGGCAGUGUCAUUCCGUUGGCUGUGAACACUUCGGCAAUGGCCCUCUUCCCACCUGCUCGUCUAGGUCUUCCACUUCCCAGAUCUCCUAAGCCAGAGCCAAUUGGCAAGGUGAUCAUUGUCUGGGGUGCUUCGUCGAGUUGUGGGUCUAUGGCUGUUCAACUUGCCGUUGCAUCGGGUGCUACUGUUGUUGCUACGGCUUCGGGUAAGAAUCACAAGUUUGUGAGGUCGCUAGGUGCAACUGCUGUUGUGGACUAUAAGAGUGAAGAUGUUGUUUCGGAGUUGAUUGAUACGGUUAAAAAGGCUGGAGGUGAAUUUUUAGGGGCUUUGGAUGCUAUUGGGGAUGAUCAGACCUGGAGGUUGUGUGUCGAUGUGGUGCAGGGUCUUGGGUGUGGCCGGGUGGUUAGCAAUAACCCGAGGAUUCCAGUAAAAGAUAUUCCUGAGGGAACUGAGGUUCUUGGUGUGACUGAUACUGCAAAUAUCGGUGACAACAAGGAGAUUGUGGAGGGUAUUUGGGCCAAUUUCCUCCCACAGGCAUUGAAUGAUGGAACUUUCAAGUGUCUUCCUGAGGCGAUAGUAUUGAAAGGGUUGGACAAGGUUGCUGAGGGCGUUGCUCGGUGUCAGAAGGGAGUUUCGGCUGCAAAGGUUGUUGUAGAGCUUUGA